CCGGGGCCUGGGGGCGCCAGGGACAGCCACCAGCCAGCCCAGGGUGCCAGCUCCGUCCCCCGCCGCGGGAGAGACUCCGAAACCUAGCCGUGGGCAGAGAGCCUCACAGGCAGCUCCCUGGCACCCAGCCCCGGGGACAGAUCCCGACCCCAACCCCAGUAUCUGCCGGGGCGAGACCUCCUGCAACUCCAUAGCCAUCCGGCGUGGAGACACCCUUAGCUCCCCACUAUCUCGUCUGAGGGUGCAGAGGAACCCUCCCCCUUCCCUCCAUAUCUAAAAUAGACAAGGAGAUACCCCACCCCCGUUUCUCCCAAAUCCAGGCAGUGGGAUCCUUUAAGAGAGAGUCCCCGUAUAUCCAUCGAGGACAGAGGUUGCCCACAAAUACUUAGCCCAAAAGAAGCAAAACCCCAAACAGUUGCCCAGUAAUUAAUUAGCACCCAGUCAGUACCCAGCAAGUAAGCAAGGCUGGGGGGGGGGCGAGACACCCCUGGAUAACAGGAUUCUAGAUACCAAUCUGGCAAGGAGCACCCCCCACUGAAAGGAAAUAUCUCACGAGUCCCAUAAAGAAGCUGACCCCAAAUAUCCCAUGUAAGGGGGGAAGACACACCUGUUAGCCAUCGAUAGGGGAAAGAAAAGAGACUGCCCACAAUAUCUGCAGUUAGCAAGAGGAACUCCCCCAGAGAAAGGGAAGAUUUGCCUAUCCAAAAGGGAUGUGAAUCUUAAGGGAAGAGAAAAAGGAUCUCCAGUUAGGGAGAGAAAGGGGGAUUGAUCUCCCAUAUAACCAGAGAGGAGAAGAAAACAAUAUCUCCCAGGAGUGGUACACCUUAAAUAAUUAGCUACUAAAGAAGAGAGAGAGGAGGAGAUAAAUACCCAUCCUAGGAUAAUACCAGUAGUCUGGGGUUGGGAGGGGGAAGACAGUCCCAAGUGGAUCAUUCUAUCUCUCAGGUUCCUGACUUCAUCCACAAUACCCUCACUCUCAAAAUCUCCCAAAUAUCUUGGAAUAGCUGGAGCCUGGCAGCAAUGCUCUAAGGAUGGAGUCCACAGGAGGAGUGUGAAGGGCAGCACCCCAAAAACCAGCACCGGAGAUAACUCCCCCCUUCCAGCAGAAAAUCUUCCAGACAAACUCUUCAGGAUGCUUGGAUUGGAACCCUAGAAGCUAAGGACAAGUGCAAGGUUCCUGACUGCCCUGAGCCAGCCAGUUCUCCCGAUAAAGGGCUGAGUUGGAACCAGUGAACUACAAAGAAAAAAAGAAUACUCCUUCUUUUGGAAUCAUGGCUUCUGACCUGGAAAGCAGUCUCACUUCCAUAGACUGGCUCCCCCAGCUCACCCUGCGUGCUACUAUUGAGAAACUAGGAGGGUCCUCGCAGGCGGGGCCCCCAGGGGCUGCCCGGAAGUGCCCCCCAGGUUCCCCCACUGACCCCAAUGCCACCCUGAGUAAGGAUGAGGCUGCAGUGCACCAGGAUGGAAAACCACGCUACAGCUAUGCUACUCUGAUUACCUAUGCCAUCAAUUCUUCACCUGCCAAGAAGAUGACACUCAGCGAGAUCUACCGUUGGAUCUGCGACAACUUCCCUUAUUAUAAAAACGCUGGCAUCGGGUGGAAGAACUCCAUUCGCCACAACCUGUCUCUGAAUAAAUGUUUUCGGAAGGUACCUCGACCGAGGGACGAUCCUGGGAAGGGUUCUUAUUGGACAAUAGAUACCUGUCCAGAUAUCUCCCGCAAGAGGCGGCACCCUCCAGACGAUGAUUUAUCACAGGACUCCCCAGAACAAGAGGCAAGUAAGAGCCCACGAGGGGCUGUCCCAGUCAGCACAGAAUCCUCUCUCCCCCCAGAGGCCACCCCUCAGCUAUCGCUGCAGAGCACCACACCCAUUGCCAAUUACAGUCAGCAGGGCACAGGGCCCGUGGAUGUGGCAGCUACUGUGGCGGGGGGACAGGGCCGGGAAGGGGCAGAUGUGCCACCCCCACUCUACAGCACUAACCACGACUUCAAGUUCUCCUACUCUGAGAUCAACUUUCAGGAUCUGAGCUGGUCUUUUCGAAACCUCUACAAAUCCAUGCUGGAGAAAUCAUCCUCUUCCCAGCACGGUUUCUCUUCUCUCCUUGGCGACAUGCAGCCCUCCAAUCACAACUACUACAUGUACCAGCAGCAGCAGGGCCCCUCAGCAGUGGGAGCUGCUCCCCCGCUCCACACCUCCAGCCCAGAGGGCUGUCCACCCCAGGGGGGCAAGCAGCAGGGUGGCGAUGGCUAUGGUCCCCCACCUGUGAUGUCGAUGCACCCACCCCCAAUGCAGCAUGGAGGGUACCACCAGCACCAGCAGCACCACCCGCACACCCACCCACAGCAGCAGCAGCACCAACACCAGCAGCACCAGCAGCAGCAGCAGCAAUCACAGGCUUCAAUCAACAACGCUGGCUUUGCAUUCACCCCUGAGUGGUGCUCCAAUAUUGACUCCCUGAAGGAAAGCUUCAAGAUGGUGAACCGGCUGAACUGGUCUAGCAUUGAACACUCCCAGUUCUCAGAGCUGAUGGAGAGCCUGCGCCAGGCUGACCGGAAGAACUGGACCUUGGAUCAGCACCACAUUGCCAACCUCUGUGACUCCCUCAAUCAUUUUCUCACUCAGACUGGUCAGCUCCCACACCUGGGGGGUCCUCAGCAGCCCCCCCGAAUUUCUGAUUCUUGUGCUCUGAAUAGUGGCAAGCAGGAGCAGUCCAUGAACCAAGUGAAUUCCUAUGGUCAGCCACAGCCUCCCCAUCUUUUCUCCGGGCCAUCUCCUAUGUACCAGAUUUCCACCCAGGACUCUCCAGGAUACAAUCGCCCAGCUCAUCAUCUGGUCCCCCGGCCUCCGGUCCCUCCUCCAGGCGCCAAUGAGGAAAUCCCCGACGAUUUCGACUGGGACUUGAUCACCUAGCUCGUUACAGACUCGAGAGCCUGUCCCUUGUGAGGGACCUGGGAGGGAAGGGGGGCAUGUGGUGAGAGGUCGCAGGUCCAGCUGCCUUGGCCUCCCUGCCUUGCCUGUAUAUAGAUAUAUAGUCUCUCUCUGCGCCAGAGAAACCACCGCAAGAUGCUGCCGAAGAUAAUCCUUCCUUGCGUCCUCUUUUACCUUCUUUUUUCUUUUGUUCAUUAUUAUUAUCAUCAUCAGUAAUCGAGCACGGCCCUCCCCCACUGGCCUCGGACACAUCUGAUUGGCUCCCCCACAUUGUGUGGUGCCCGGCGUGGGGCGGAAGGUGGAGAGAUGGCUCCCCAGUGCCAUGAAAAGACCUCGGAAGGCCGAAACCUCCAGAGCAUCUUUCUCUGCCUCCCUCAUUUUGCGUUUAACAAUCCCUCUUUGUCCGUGAAUCUGUUGUAUUGGCUACUGGAGUGAGAGAGCUUAGUGGACUUUGGGAGCCUGUAAUUAUGUUGUUUCGUAAAUGUUGUAAAGGUCAGGGGUUCAAAGGGACAUUGGAGGGGUGAUUUUAGCUCUGUGAACAUUCUCACACCAGCAGGGGACAGCAAGAAAAGGAGAGAAAAUCCUGAAUAUGAAAAAAGCAGAAUCUCUGUGGGGGAUGAGAUACGGCUGGGAUUUGGGCUGAACUGGGAGAGGGAGACCGAGUCCAGCAAAAGGAAAAUAUGUACCGGUAGACCAUUUAGGACUCAGAGCACACUGCCAUUUGUAGGCAUCUAGAGAGAAUCCUGACCUGUUUUCUGUGCUAACUUUUCUAGUCUCUGGGAAUGUGAUGCCCACCUAUCAAGUCAGGGAAGCUCCUCAGGCGUAUUUUGCCCUAGCAUUGCGGGAGAUCGGGCACAACACAUCAAAUAGAAUUCCCUGGGGCUUUUAGAUUUCACCCUUUUUUCUUCCGUCACCUUCUCUAAAAAUAUGCAGUGAGGCUUUUAUUAGCAUAUCCAGAGAAGACACAUGCCAGUUCAGAAGCACUCCCCUAUCUUCUCAGUUCUUGUUCAGAUUGUUAUUCUGCCCCCCCCCCCAAUUUCUUUGGAGACUGUCCUUGCCUAUGGUGUAAGGAUGGAGUCUUGACUGCAUAGAUGUAAAUACCAGUCAGUGGUUCCUUUUUGGGGGACGAGCCAAGGAUGGAAAGAAGCAGCCACUUCUCUGAUUUAAGGACUUCCAGAGUAGAGAGUGCCCCUCACCACCUAACUUGAAGAGUUGUGAGGCUUCACAGUUAUGUUUCAGAGGCACAGAUAACAAGAAAGGCAGUGUGGAGCAGAUACUUAAAUUACACAGCCAAAGGGAGGAAUGGCUUGGAUGGAUCAGACCCUUCACAGGUCAGCUGGAGAGAAGGCAGAAGUAGCACAUCCCAAAAUCCAGACUGAGUUAGCACUUGCAAAGCAGGAAGGGGACGAGGUGUUGAGGCAGGAGUGAGUUCUGAGCUGUCCUCCCCCUAGCUGUGUCCCAUGGCCCCCUGUUUCUAGUGUGGCUUUGUUCUGUCAAAUCUCUUGUUUCCUCUUUAUAUUUUGUAACCCCAUAGCCCCUGUUUAUUGGUGAGGGGAACCAAGUUGGAAGCAAACCAUCAUGGGGACUCAACAUGCCAAGGACGGGGGAGAUAAUUUAGCAUCGCUUUUUAAUUUGCUGUUGAGAUAAACCAAUUGGAUCUUUGUUGGGAAGAUGGACAGUCUCGUUGGAUUUGAGGCGGGUGGGGGGGUACAAUUUUUUGUUAUUUUUUUUUUAAAGUAGGGAGUCAUCAUUGAGCAUUCCCAACAGGAGUGGAGAAUCCCAGAGCCAACUUCAGCAUGGAAUUAGCCAGCAGUUCUCUCUGCUGCCCCAGGAUGGGAAUGAUAAGACCAGGAAGCCAUGUACGGGUGGUUUUCUGUGGCACACAGCAGCAAAGAUGACCUCCCUCCAGGUGCCACUCAGUACUUUGCAGGGGAUGUUCCCAGGAGUCGGGCCCAUGCAAGUUGUUCAGAAGGCCACGUGGCCUUUCAGAGAACCCUGGAAACAAACCAAGAUGGCUCCUUUGCAUAGUCAAGUGCUCCUCACUUGCAUAUUCAUUUGCCUUGUUUGCAUAUUCAGUUGCGCCUCAUUUGCAUAUGUAAAUAUAUGCUGGUCAGUGUGCAAAUUAGCCAUGCCCCACUCCUGAAAUAACGUGCAUCAUUUGUGGGCAGGAUAGCAUCAAAAUGGACAUGUGGAAUCAAAAGGCUUCAUGCUGGAACUGCAGUGCAAGCUGGUGACAGUCUGUCAGGAGUGAAGGAAUGCAGUCGGCAAGAGAUCAGCCUGCAAGUGAGAGGAGUCCCUUGCACUUUGAUGUGGCCCAUGAUGCUUUGUGUCAAGGGGAGAGAAAAGGGGGUGUGGCCUCACGAGUUUAUUUUUGUGCAUGCUUUCUUAAUAAAAACAAAAAGUGAAUGUUUAAGGUUUAA